AAUAAUGGCAGAGGGAGAGAAGAGAAAGAUCCCUUCUUGGUUUCCGACGGCGACGGCGAUUCUCUCAUCGCCCCCGCAGCCGCUGCCGGAAAUAGAGUCCGCCGUCGAAGUUGUAGAGGAAGAGAAGGUAGAGACGUUCUGUAAGCUGAUCGGGAACAUGAUAGCAGAGAGGGAGCUGUGGCAGAGCAGUUUCUUAUGCCGGAGAAAGAGACAGAGAAGAGAGAGUGAGCUCUGGAAGCCGACGUUUCAGUGGGAGGACUUCGCCGGAGAGAGCCAUGGCGGGAGUUCGGUGGUGAAGAAGGCAGAAGAUGGCCGGAAGAUUAGCCGGAAGGAAAGGG